GAUCCGGACGCGGAAGUGGCGGCGGCGGCAGCGAUCGCGGCGACCGCGAGGUCUCGGACUGGCCCCGCGCGCCGAGGGACGGGCUGCAGAACACCACCCGCUUUGGAGAACCCGAGCGAGAGGCAGGAGCGCUGGGGCCUCCUGUUCGCUUCGGCGAACUCCCAUAGUGAUGGCGAUGGUGAUGGCGACUGCGCCUCGGACCGCCCCAGUCCAGCUGCACCCCGGGAGACACAUCCAGAAAGUACCCCGAAGAAACAUCCUACUGGAAAAACUGAAAAAGCACCAUUUAUAACCCUGGACUCUGUGGAUAAUUUCUCAAAAUGGCAGAAAGUGGUGAAAGUAAUAGUCAAAAUGUAGAUGUAAGGCCCAAAACUAGCCGAAGUAGAAGUGUGGACAGAAAAGAUGGUUAUGUGUGGAGUGGAAAAAAGUUAUCUUGGUCCAAAAAGGGUGAGACCUGUUCAGAUGCUGCAACAGUGAGCGCUGUGGAGAAAGCUGACGUUCCUCUGAGGAGCCGAGAACGGAAGCACAGCUGCGCGUCCAUCGAGCUGGACUUGGACCAUUCCUGUGGGCACAGGUUUUUGGGCCGAUCUCUGAAGCAGAAACUACAGGACGCUGUCGGUCAGUGUUUUCCAAUAAAGAAUUGCAGUGGUCGGCACUCUUCAGGGCUUCCAUCUAAAAGAAAAAUCCAUAUCAGUGAACUUAUGUUAGAUAAGUGUCCUUUCCCACCUCGAUCAGAUUUAGCCUUUAGGUGGCAUUUUAUUAAACGACACACUACCCCCUUAAAUCCCAAAUCAGAUGAAUGGGUAAGCACAGAUUUGUCUGCAAGUGAACCGCGGGAGGGUCACGUAAAACAAAGAAGGAACAUGGAAGAGGUAGACUGCUUCUCACGUGCCAGUGUCCCGCCCUGUGUCAUAACUACCAGUGGUGCUUUGUGUGCAGUUGGUCCUGUGACUGACUCAGCGAUGAACCUGGCUUCAAGCCAGAGUAUAGAAGAUAGCGAUAUGGAUUCUGAUGAUGAAUUUGUAACACUUUGCACAAGUUCCAGAAAAAGAAACAAACCCAAAUGGGAAAUGGAUGAUGAGAUGCAGCAAAUGGAAACCCCUCCUAAGUACCACACACAGAUUGAUUAUGUCCACUGCCUUGUCCCGGACCUCCUUCAGAUUAACAAUAAUCCAUGUUACUGGGGAGUUAUGGACAAAUAUGCAGCCGAAGCUCUACUAGAAGGAAAACCAGAAGGCACCUUUUUACUUCGAGAUUCAGCACAGGAAGAUUAUUUAUUCUCUGUCAGCUUUAGACGCUACAGCCGUUCUCUCCAUGCUAGAAUUGAACAGUGGAAUCACAACUUCAGCUUCGAUGCCCAUGACCCCUGUGUCUUUCAUUCCCCUGACAUCACUGGCCUCCUAGAACAUUACAAAGAUCCCAGUGCCUGUAUGUUUUUCGAACCACUUUUGUCCACUCCUUUAAUGCGGACAUUCCCCUUUUCCCUGCAGCAUAUAUGCAGAACAGUUAUUUGUAAUUGUACAACUUACGAUGGCAUUGAUGCCCUCCCAGUUCCCUCUCCUAUGAAAUUGUAUCUGAAGGAAUAUCACUAUAAAUCAAAAGUUAGAGUUCUCAGGAUUGAUGCACCGCAACAGCAGUGCUAGGAAAAGGCCAGGAACAUGGAAAGAACUGGAUGGAGAUUUUUGACUAGUUUUGUUUUGGUUUGGUUUGGUUUGUUUUUCCUUAGGCCAAUUUGAAUUUUUUUCCAAGUCAGUUGACAUCCACAGUGGUCCCCUGGUCAGAUUCUUCCUCCAGGUUAGUUGGUUUUUCAUGUGAUGCGCUGACUGCUUAAGGCUGUGCCUUAGAGGGUAGCUGGUUUUUUGAUCAGAUGCUUCUGGUUUUUGUUUGUAUGGAUUGUAUACCUACACAUUUUUUUCUUUAUUUAACUUAUGUAUAUGAUACAGGCAUAUUUGGUAGGCCUUGCAAGCCACGUUUGAAAAUGCUGUAUCACAUCCUGUUAAAAUCAUUAUAUUUGUUUCUACAUGUAAAAUAUUCUGUUAAUUUAUGCUGCCAGUGGUUUUUUUUUUCUCUUUUUUAUUACACUGCAUUAUGUGACAGUUUUUUAGGCACUGGGAUUUGCCAGUGUUCUUAAACAUAACAUAUAGUUCCCCAUCCUCCUCUUUGCGUUGUCUUAAAAUUCUUCAGUAACAUGAGUAUUGUUAUUCACCACUCAUACUAACAGAAUUGACAUUUGUAACUUACUAACGGGAUGUUAAAGGUAGCAAAAUGACUUAAAAUUUAUGUUUUUCAUGUUAUAUGUUAACCACAAAGCAGGAUUUCUGAAUAAGAUGAACCCAGUCGGUAAGGCUCAAGUGAGAACAUUACAUUCCAGAAGUGCGUUCAUCCUGUAAUGCAGCAGGACUGUCACUGCUGAUAACAUGUCAGCCUGAAAGAGCUAAACCACCUUGACAACGUGAAUUUUAUUCCUUUCUGCAGAAGCUUCAAAAAUAAUAAUAUGUUUGCAGCUAGUAGUUACAAAGUACUAAAGCAGCUGUAAGGUUUUUCUGUAUUAUGAACUUGCU